ACUCCAUAUGGCGGUAUGUUCCUGUCCCGCGUUUUGAAUGAUAAGCGAAGAAGAACAACUUCCGCUUUUGAGGCUCAUAUUGACCGGAAAAAAACAAAGCCGGACAAGCUCAGAGGAGGGAAGAAUUACGGGGCUGCUGCCGCAAGUGGCAUCGAUACCCGAUUGUGUGUGCAGCAGCAUCCGAAGCACAAAGUGAUCACCAUCAUGAUGACAACUAAAAGACUAGACAAUUUUGAGGUGGUGUGUGAGUGGGCUUCAUGCAACUUCAAGGGCCACACCAUGGAGGAGCUAAGCGAUCACAUGUCUCUGCAUUUAAAGGACUACCUGGGAGACAACGAUGCCUUAGAGGAGCUGGAUGAGUAUGCUUGUCUGUGGAAUGGGUGUGAAUUUCUAUCCAUGGGUAGCCCUGCAGAGCUGGAGGUCCAUGCUUACUUCCACAACUACCACGGGAAGCUCAAGUUCGUUGGGUCACAGCUGCUCAGGUCUCGUCCUGAUCUGCCUAGCUGCAACCAGGGCAUACACAGCAACAACCUGGUUCCCGAAGGAUCAGACGGAUACGUUUGUCAGUGGGAGCACUGCGAUAGUACGUUUAACAAUCCUGAGUGGUUCUACCGACAUGUGGACAAUCAUGUUGAAAGUGCCGAGCCGCAGUCUCUCGCACAACAACAGCAGGCUCUCUUCUGCCACUGGACAGGCUGCGAUGCCUUCUUCAAGAUCAGGUACCGUUUGAGAGAACACAUGCGGAGCCACACUCAGGAGAGACUUGUGGCCUGUCCAACAUGUGGCAGCAUGUUCUCCAGCAACACAAAAUUGUUUGACCACCUGCACAGACAGGCCGAGCCAGUAGAGUCGCUGGUAUGUGAACAUUGUGGCAAAGCUUUUUCCAGUGAGAGACUCCUGAGGGAUCAUGUUCGUCAGCAUGUCAAUCAGGUGAAGUGUCCCUUCUGUGACAUGACCUGCACCACGCUGGCAGCUCUGAAGAUCCACAUCAGGUUCCGUCACUGUGAUGAGCGGCCCUUCCCAUGUGACUUCUGUGACAAGAGAUUUAAGAACCAGCGUGAUCUACAGAAACACACAGAGGUUCACAAUGAGGGCACCGUGUACCACUGCACAGUGGAGGGUUGCGAUUAUUCCUGUCACACGUUCCAAACCAUGAGCCACCACUUCAAGAGAGUGCACGAGGUCGGGGGGAUGUCCAAAUAUAAAUGCCAUAUCUGUGAUAAGGUCUUCUCCUGGUGUUACACUCUCACACUUCACCUUCGCAAGAAACAUGAGCUGAAAUGGCCGUCCGGACAUUCCCGCUUUAGAUACAGGAAGGAUGUAGAUGGCUUCCUAAAAGUAAAUAUGGUGCGGUUUGAGACCGUAGAAGUAACGAAGGAGAUCAUGAAGAACAUGGCCAAAAAGCCGCAGAGCCUUCGGAAAAGUCAGAGAACCAGCGGCCGGAACAAGAGGGCCACGGUGGCACCGGAGAGCGGCCGAAGCUCUCCUGCAGGAUCCUCCUCGCCCUCCUCCAGCUCCACCUCCUCAUACUCCUCGGAGCUCUCUGGAGGUGAAGACGUUUCGGCUCAGCCCAGCCCCAGGGGCAGUGACUCUCCGGUCUACUGCGUCAUGAGCACCAUCCCUCACAUUGAGGAGGAGCCUGGAGGAUUAGCCCAGGAGGACUGUGAUGGGAGUCGGGCGUCUGGAGCGGUGCAGGCCCUGACGGAGGUCGCGAGGGGCCUGGGCAUGGACGUAGUGUGAUUUGUCCACGAUGCACUGCAUCACGCAUCCGCUGUCAGCUCUCUUUUAGCUAUUACGCAAUUAAAUUGGUUUGCCUGAUGCAGUGUAUUUUGCUACCGAGCUGUCGGUGGAGACAUACUGGAUCUAUUUUUUCUAGGCAAAGCUCUCUCAUGUUCUCCAGUGUUUUUAGAGUAGAGACCACACUUUCAUUAUAGCAGCUCCAAUGCUUCAGCGCGGCUUUUUGCCGGGUCCCUUUAAUGUGACGUGUCCCUGUGUCUUAACGCCUGUAAGACACAGGUUCAUUGUUCCUGACGAAGCUUAUGCGAAAGCGCUAAAGGCACAGUCUGACAUUGUUCUUCACACACCAUGUUCAGCUUUUGAUUUUUUUCUUCAUGUUUCCCUAUAAAGGACUUCAAAAGAUGUUAUUUUUUAUUGUGGCCUGGAAAUGUUGCUUAAUUUUAUUGUUACAAAUUUAAAAUACAUUUUUGAUACAAAAGGAAA